GAAGAGCACAGCGAUCCCACCACAGCAGCAACCACUAGCCACCAGGAAAAGGAUCCACUCCGACCCUCCCAGAGCAAGCCAACCUCCAACUGUGUACACAAUGCGAAUGCGAAAAAGCAAGCUAAUGUCCGUGAACUUAAUCGAGGCCACUGAGUUGGAUCCCACAGCAGAGGAGAUAGCCCUCCACAAGCUCGAAGUUGGAGAUACAUCUAGUACCAACGAAACCAUUCAAGGCAUCCAAGAACAGGAAACAUGUCAGCCAUUGGCGCCUAGUGCCAAGCUUGAAGAAUCAAUAAUAUGCUAUGAAAUGAAUUGCCAUCAAUAUCACACCCACCAAGAGGAGGGCAUACACAUCUGCCCCGAAUUUCUUUGCGGAAAAUGCUUUUCGGGUUGUGGAUGUCCACAGCACCACACAGUCCUUCCAUUUUCAUGGCAAUUGUGGGAUGUUAACGCGCAAACGUGGUCUAAUGUGAUAUCAAGUGCUCAAGAAUCUCUGGAGAGACUGUACUGUGACCCUGAAGUGGUGCAUGUGACUGGACUGCACACAGGUCUCAUGGUGACAAUUGAUUUCAGCACUAUGACCGUCUACAACAGUUCUGUGUUUGAUCGCAUCCGUCGUCUCUCCACCUCCACGAGCGCCCCUGUCCCUUUUAACACUCUGUAUAAAUAUUACUAUGAAGAAACUGAUGACAAAUGGGCUGAAUAUAAUCAGGAUUUUGUGACCUGCAUAGAGAAUGGUCUAAGGGAUCAAUGUGAGAGUAUUACCUGCUCCUCUUCAUUCUUCACGUAUAGACUCAAUCUUCCUAAUAUGUUUCAAGAGAAUAUCCAAACGGGGAACCUUAGAAGGAUGAGGCAGCGCCCGGUCUUCAAAUCACCAGUCAUGAUAACAUCCGAACUCUGGGCUCUAGGCAGUUGGAAAUAUUUAAUUUAUUCCAAUAUUAUUCCAAAACCUUCUUUGAACAAUUCAUAUCCUCGGACUUGGAUCAUUACUGAUAACUCAUUGAGGAAUAAUAAUGAAAAUAUCUCUCUCACAUGUGAAGACAGAGAGUUCCAGCAUGUGUACCGCUAUUUCCACAAGACGAUGCCUGAAUCUCAGUAUAUUAUUCUAGACAUUUCUAGAGUGCAGAACUACUUUCAGUGGGAGAAAUAUGCCAGGAAAAGGGCUUUCAUGAACCAGCAACUCCUUGGAACAGAGAAGAAAAAUGUAGAGCGCUAUUUUUUCCAUGGCACAGACCCUUCUUUUGUUGAGGUAAUUUCCAGACAAAACUUUGACCCACGUGUUUCUGGUAGAAAUGGGACCCUCUAUGGCCAUGGAUGUUACUUUGCCAGAGAUGCCAGUUUCUCUAAGAAGUACGCUACUGCAGACAAGAACAUGCACCAUUUUAUGUUUCUGGCAAAGGUGUUGGUAGGACGUGCAGCACUAGGAAAGUCCUCAUAUCGCCGUCCACCACCAAUAUGUCCUGAAGACCCGGUCAGCUCACUCUACGACUCUUGUGUCAAUAAAACACAAAACCCUGACAUCUUUGUUAUUUUUGACAAUGACCAGUUUUAUCCUUAUUUUCUCAUCAAAUAUCAGAAAAUGCAGGCUGUAGUCCUCCUGGACUGAGGAAGAUUUGCACUUUAUUUUGUGAAUGAAAAGUAGAACAAGAGAAUUCAUUGUGAGCUUUUUUGCCCUCAGUAGACCACAACCAAGGCUCUGAAGGCUCCGGUCCAAAGAAGAGGACACCCAGAAACAGUAUGAUCAAGUAUUUGGUGUUCUUAUUUAUUGAACUGUAGUGGUGCAGGUUCUGGUUGAAGGUUCAGGAACUGAAGGCUAAAUUUGUAGAAAAAGAGAGAAUUUUUAUCGCGAAGCCCAAUAUGAUAAUUUUUAUUUUACACUGGUGCCUCUACUAUUCUAAUAACAAGGAGAACAUUUAUUUGGAGAAACAAUGGUACUUGAGCUAACCCGUAAGAUGGUGCAAGAGCUUAUGAUACCAAGAAAAUCCAUGUUUAAUGCCUGUGAUAUCUACAAGGACAUUUUUCUCUGUAAAAAAGACACAUUAGAAAUAUGUUCUCAUGAAUCAUUAGAGCUUGGGUAUUAAACUACAAGCCACAAAAAAUAGCAUAAACACGGCUGAGAUAGUUAUUGAUAGUCUCUGAGGCUGUGUGGAUUUUGUCACCUCUGAUUUGUACUUUAUUCUUCUCUUUGUAUAUCAUUACGUCAUUUUUUAAACUGUGAAAAAAAGUUCAAUACGUUAGUUUAAUGUGUUUCUUGCACAGAAAACAAUACUCACACUAUAAUGCAGUAAACCAUGUGCAAUAAAAUCCCCG